CGUCUUCUCCCGCUGUCUGGUGGAACCCUCUGCCGGGAGCCUUGUCCGGGAAGUUGCCAUCAACACCCAGAUUUGGAACCUUAGUUGAAUUCAUGAUGGGGGGUCAAGCUGAGAGGAACCGAAAGUCGGGGGGAGGGGAAUCGAAGGUCGGGGGGAGGGGAAUCGAAGGUUGGGGAGGGGAAUCGUCGUUUUCGAAGAGACCAGGGGCAUGAUUCCAAGAUCUCAUCGCCGCAAAGCUUCAUCCCCACUCAGUGUUCAUCGUCGUCGGCCCUCCUAACUCUCCUCUACCACCGCAACAACCUCCAGAUCUGAAGAGAUCCUAACCCAUGGAUGGCGAAGCUCCUCCGCUCCUCAAACUCUGCGAUUGGAGAUCUGAAUCUUCUGGUCCAAUUCAGAGACGGCGGCAAGGUUUCAGGACACAGGAGGGCGAAGCUUAUUGUGGAAUGGAGAAGGUCGAGGGAGGCUGCCGAUACUGGUGGAGAGAUAAGGGGAUUCACCUCGUUCUCUCCCUCGCUCCUCAUCCUUCUCUCCAUCCCCAGUCAAGCAAACCCCACAUCAUCGCUACAUCCGACUUAGAAACAACCGCGGGUAAACCCAACCUCUGGUCCCCACGAACGCAUUCUGAUUUCUUCUCAGACCGAUGAGCCUUCCAUCAACCUUCGUAUUCCCAGAUUUCGAAGGUUCGAGAUGCGGCGCCACCCUCUUUUUGUGCUUCGACAGUUCCCGGCGACAAUCCAGCCGCAUCCACCUCGUCUCUUCCUUUCUUUCCCUCUUCCACACGGCGGUUCCUUCCUCACUUCAGUCAUUGCUGCAGGAGCAGUCGACCACAACUUCGAAGUCGUUGAAGUAUCGACGGGAAAGCACCAAGCAGAGAGUAGAGGGACAAUCGACGAAAUCAAUGGAGAUUUUUUUUAUUUGAAUUUUGGGGUUUUAGAAUAUUAUUUAGUAAUAUUCUUGAAUUUAAAGGUUUUCAAUUUUUUAUUUUCAAAGUUUUAUAUAAUAUAAAUUAAAAAUGUGA